CGUGGAGAAACUAUUGAUAAGUGCUUUAUAAAUCAAACCCCUCGCGAAAUGGUUCACAUCUUUCGCUGAACUCCAUUUGUGCUAUCAUCUGGAUUUACUCCGGUUUCUGUGGAGGAGGAGCAGCAUCUUUUACCACACACACACACACACCACGUCACUCUGUCAAACUUUCAUUUUUUUUAAGCAAACUUGAGCCUGCAAGAUUUUCAAGCUCUUCUUUUUCUUCCUGGAGGUUUUCUGGCUCGGUGGGAAAGAUGCAGACGGGAUUCAGAUUGAACUUGAGCCCCGUUAAAGAGCCUCUGGGUUUCGUUAAAGUAGUGGAGUGGAUCACUGCUGUACUUGCAUUCGGGACCUGUGGAGGAUUUUCCGGCAGAAAUGUGCUCUCCAUCUUCUGCAAUGGCAGCAAUGAAACACUCAGUGCCACUUUCACAUACCCAUUCAGGUUAAACCAUGAGCUGUUGGUGGAGCAGAACAGGACCCUCUGCAACCACUCGGUGUCUGCCACUCAUCUGGUGGGCGACUCCUCGUCCUCGGUGGAGUUUUUCGUGGCCGUCGCCGUCCUGGCCUUCCUCUACUCCAUGCUGGCGCUCAUCAUCUAUCUGGGCUACAUGCACGUCUACAGAGACUCAGACUUCGGCCCGAUGUUUGAUUUUGUGCUGACAGCGGUGUUUGCGUUCCUGUGGUUGGUGUGUUCGUCUGCAUGGGCCAGAGGACUGCAGACGGUGAAGGACGCCACCAGUACGACUGGCAUUGAAUCCACUCUGGCGGUCUGCAAGGACAGAGGUGUGAGAUGUGAAGUCACAGAGUUUGCCAGCAUGCGCUCACUCAAUAUAUCUGUGGUGUUUGGAUUCUUGAAUCUGAUCAUAUGGGCCGGGAAUGCCUGGUUUGUGUAUAAAGAGACGCGCUGGCACUCUCAGAAGGUCAACGCUCAGCAAACGCCAGGACGAGCUCCAGCUCCAGCACCCAUCUAAACACAAACAUCACCCGCUUCAGCCUAAUGAACAAUACAGUCAUUUAUUGUCAAUACUAGAGUGUUUUUGAACCAUGCUACAGUAACAUACUUGAAUGAAUCCGUUGUGCUAAUUCUUAAAAAUUCCAUGGUGAUACAACGACUUAAUAUAAACCAAUCAGGUUUGGCUGUUGUAGCCAUACUGUAGUAACGAUCUGAUCUGUUGUGGUGAUUAUAUAGUUGCUAUGGUAACACGAAAACUGCAGUAAUAUAAACAAAUGAUCCAAUACUGUUGUUUCCUUCAGCUAUAGGGUAUAUUAUAGUACAAUACACCACAGAUUACUGGAGUAAAAACUAAAGUAGCCUAAACGAAAUCAUUUAUUAGUUUAUUAGCUCACGUUAUUAUAUAUUAUAUACACUCACCGGCCACUUUAUUAGGUACAUCUUACUAGUACCGGGUUGGACCCUUCCUUUUUUCUUUAGAACUGCCUUAAUCCUUCAUGUCAGAGAUUCAACAAGGUUCUGGAAAUAUUCCUCAGAGAUUUUGGCCCAUAUUGGCAUGACAGCAUCAUACAGUUGCUGCAGGCUACCUCUGGUGACUGUGGAGGCCAUUUGAGUACACUGAACUCAUUGUCAUGUUCGAGAAACCAGUCUGAGAUUCGAGCUUUAUGGCGUGUUAUCCUGCUGGAUGUAGCCAUCAGAAGAUGGGUACGCUGUGGUCAUAAAGGGAUGGACAUGGUCAGCAACAAUACUCAAGUAGGCUGUGGCGUUGACACGAUGCUCAAUUGGUACUAAUGAGCCCAAAGUGUGCUAAGAAAAUAUCCCCCACACCAUUACACCACCACCAGCCUAAACUAUUGAUACAAGACAGGAUGGAUCCAUGCUUUCAUGUUGUUGAUGCCAAAUUCUGACCCGACCAUCCGAAUGAUGCUGCAGAAAUCGAGACUCAUCAGACCAGGCAACGUUUCUCCAAUCUUCUAUUAUCCAGUUUUGGUGAGCCUGUGUGAAUUGUAGCCUCAGUUUCCUGUUCUUAGCUGAUAGGAGUGGCACCCGGUGUAGUCUUCUGCUGCUGUAGCCCAUCUGCCUCAAGGUUGGUUGUGUUGUGCAUUUAGAGAUGCUCUUCUCCAGACCUUGGUUGUAACGAGUGGAUAUUUGAGUUACUGUUGCCUUUCUAUCAGCUGGAACAACUCCUCUGGGAUCAACAAGGCAUUUGCUCCCACAGAACUGCCGCUCACUGAAUAUUUUCUCUUUUUCAGACCAUUCUUUGUUAACCAUAGAGAUGGUUGUGCAUGAAAAUCCCAGUAGAUCAGCAGUUUCUGAAAUACUCAGACCAGCCCGUCUGGCAGCAACAACCAUGCCAAGCUCAAAGUCACUUAAAUCACCUUUCUUCUCUAUUCUGAUGCUCGGUUUGUACUGCAGCUGAUCGUCUUGACCAUGUCUACAUGCCUAAAUGCAUUGAGUUGCUGCCAUGUGAUUGGCGGAUUAAAAAUUUGUGUUAAUGAGCAGUUGGACAGGUGUAUCUAAAAAUAUAUAAAGUGACUGGUGAGUGUAUGUA